CGUUAUAUAUAGUAUUUCUAAAAAUUAAGUUGAUCUCAUUUUUAAUUCUCUUCAAAUGUAAAAAAAAAAAAAACAUUUUGUUGCAGAGCAAAUUUCGUCAAAAUGAAUAAAGAUCGCAACGAACCUACAAACAGCACAAAACCUACGUCCAGAAAACGUCGCUUCAGCGCAAAUGACUUGGAUGUCAAUAACAAAACGGAUGCCUCUGUAAAGAAUCAGAAUGAGAAAUUUUAUUUCUAUAGAAAUAAUGAAAACACUGCGUCUAAUGGUAAAACUCCUAUGAGAAAACUUCGAUCCGCUCCUGAUGAUAUUAAGAACAUGGAUAGCUUUCCAAAACCUCAAAGCAAAUCAAUUCUCAAUGAUAAAGAAAAUGCUACAAAUUCUGAAACUGCUAAAAUAAAAAAUGAAAAAAUGAAUGAUUUUUUUAAGAAGCAAAAUAAUUUGAUGAAAAAUUUGAAAUCCGCCCUGCAAAAAUCCAUUGCUGACAAUCAAAAGGCUAAUUGUGCCUUGGAAGAGAAAAAUAGACGUAUCGAAGAAAUGCAAAAAAGCAUUGCCAACGGUGACAAUGAGCUGAAAAAAGUCAAAGCCGAUUUGAAUUCAGCCAAAGAGGAUUGUAUGAAAACUCUUAAGGACUUCAAUAUAUUCAAAGAAAAAUUCUGUAAACUUGAAAUUCAUUAUGACUCUGUUACCAAAAUGCAAAAUCGUCAAAUGCAGGCUGUGCAAAGUCAGCUUGAUGAAGAAAAGGCAAGAGAAAAUAGCCGUAUUCUGGAGCUUGAAAAAAAAUUAGAGGAUAUUAAAGAACAGUUGAAUGAACGUAAUCAAGCUUUUGUGCAAAUUAAUUCAAAUUAUGCCGAAAUAAUGGGCAAAUAUGAAAAAACUCGCCAAGAAAUAGAGCAAGUGCAAAAGGAUUUUGAAAUUUAUCGAAAUCAAGUGAUUGCAGAACAAAAAGCUAAUGAGGAAAAAAUGCAGCAAGAAUUGGUCCAAUUCAGGAAAGAUGUAACAAGCAAAGAACAACAUCAACUUGAGAUUAUAGCUAAUAUGCAAAAAGAAUUAAUGGAAAAGGAUGAAGUUAUUCGUCAGAGUAAAGAGGAAAAAGCAACAAUGGAACAAGAAAAGAAUGCUAAAAUUAGCGAGCUUACCUACAAAAUCAACCAAAUUGAGAAACUUUUUGGACAGCCUACCAAGUCUGUUAUUCCAAUGAACGUAAAUACUACUGCAGCUAUAACCAACACUAAGAAAUCUUCUCCAAAGCCUUCGGUAAAUGUGGACCCUACAAGCAAAGAUAUAGCAAAUUCCCAUAGAGAUUCAACAGAGACAAAUUCUAGCGAAGAGAAAUUUUUACGAUUGCGUGCCAAAAAAAUUCCCAGACCAGAAAAACUGUCAUACACACCAGUAACUGGUAGUGUGGCCAGAGACAACGCUGUAAACAAAAAGCGAGGCGUUCAGACCUUAAAAAAUUUGCCCUCACCGAAAUCUAUAAAUAACUCUGGUCAAGCUUCUUCGGUAUCUGAUGACGAUGAUGAUGAACUUGUAUUUCCAAUAUGGCUACCCAAAAUGAACAACGAAGGCUAUGUGCCAGAAACCGAGACCGAUGCUUCAGAAAGUUUUGUUAAAUCAAAACGUUCUAAGAAAGUAAAAUGAUAUGGAUAUUCAUGGAUUUCCUCAAUCUAUACCAUACAAGAAAAUGUUUGGCGACAAAUGUUAUUCUUUGUGUUACUAACUUUAAUCAACCUUUGGUUGAUCUACUUGUGUACUUACAAAUAUGAAUUUUAGUAAAUUUUUUUUGUUGUAUUAAUUUUUAGUUUUUUUUUCAUUUCCAUAGAUUUAUAAUAAAAACAUCAAUUUAAAUAACAUA